GAUAAACACAUAAUCACAGCAGGCUUGUAUUAAACAGAAAAGCGUCGGGUUUACUGGUGAAAAUGUAAGCGCACAUGGAAAGGUUUAUCCUCAAACACGCUGAGGCGAAUAUUGAUCCACCGCGAACUUUGGACUGACAAACAGAACGGUUCGUUGAGCGAUUCCCUCAGAACAUGCAUGUAUACACGAUUAUAUGUGAACACCGAAUGUAAAUCCAGGUAAGAAUCAGCUGAAUCGUCCUCAAGACUCGGAGUAUCUUCAUGGAACCGAAGAUGAGCGCGAUAUAACGGUUCGAUAGAACGACAGAUCUCACGAACGGUUUCAGCGCGGAUCCGAGUCCACAAAACGAGACCAACAAUAUAUCCGGUCCGGUUCUGUCCCAUAAAAUGAAGAGAUUCCGAAAGUGUCUGAUCGCUCUCAUCGUCACCAUCAUCAUCCUCAUUCUGGCAGGAUCUUCAUCUCUCAUCUGGUACUUUGUUGAGUAUCGUGUUUGGGUUCUGGAGCCGCGGGUCAUUCAACAGUACACAGGCAGCGUUUCAAUCCUCAGUCAGAACUUCUCUAAUUCUCUGUCCAGUCAUGAGAGUUCAGAGUUCAAACUGCAGUCCAGAGCGGUGCAGAACAUGGUUGAGAAGCUCGUGAAGUCCACAGAUCUCUCUAGAUACUUCAACUCCACGGCUGUCUUUGCUUUCGGUGAGGGGAGUGUGGUGGCUCAUUUCUGGCUGCUGCUGUCGCUGCCUGUCAGUCAUGUGGAUAAGGUGAACAUGCAGCGUGUGAAUGAGAGUCUAUACAGAGAGUUGCAGCGCUUCAGAGACACGCAUGCAGAACACAUGUGCAAUUAUGACGGCUUCCUGCUACUGCUGUCAUCCCUCAUCAUAACUGAAACGAACCCCAAAGUUAUAGAUCUUUUUCAAGCCUCAUUUGACUGUUAUCGUUAUGAGUCGGUGGUGUCGAUGGAGCCGGUGGUGCUGGAGGGGCCGAACACUCAGCGCUCAUCGUGUCUGUGGCACCUGAGGGCUCCUGCAGGCUCUCGUCUUGAGCUCAGGGUCGAGUGGCUCCUGUCCGAGUGUCGAGAUCGACUGAUCAUCUACGAUUCACUCACACCAUCAGAUUCACGACUCAUCACCUCUCUGUACGGCUGCAGCAGGUACGAGCAGACGGUGCAGUUGUUGUCGUCUGCUGACUGGAUGACUGUGGUGUGGAAACAGGGUCUAUAUAAUUAUAAAGAUCCAUUUUCACUGACCACACGAGCGUGGACCAACCAGGAAUGUUCAUACAGUGUUGUGUUAGAGAAGAAAGAUGGAGAUCAGGGGGUUUUACGGACCCCGUUUUACCCCAGUUACUAUCCACCUGACACCAACUGCACCUGGAUCUUCACUGUGCCGUCUGUGGUGUACGGUCUGACUUUGUCGUUUGAAGGAUAUGAACUGAAUCGAGCGAGUUACAGUCAGACAUGCACACAGGGCCGAUGGAUGAUCCAGAACCGCAGGUUGUGUGGGGUUCGAGGGUUACAGCCGUACGCUGAGCGAAUCUACCUGCUCUCCACCACUAUCACGGUUGCUAUGAUGUCAGAGGUGUCUCUCACAGGCCCGGGGUUACAGGUCCACUACAGCAUCUUUAACCAGUCGGAUCCAUGUCCUGGUCAGGUGCUUUGUAACAUCAACGGUCUUUGCGUGUCAGCGUGUGAUGGUAUUGCAGACUGCCCCAAUGGACUGGAUGAGAGAAACUGUGUGUGUAUCGCUCAGUUCCAGUGCACAGAGGACAGUCAGUGUGUCGAUCAGUAUAAAGUGUGUGACCAGCAUUCAGACUGCAGAGAGGGGAGCGAUGAGGACAACUGUACACAUGGUGUUCCAUGUUCUGAUAUGACAUAUGUCUGUGGUGAUGGGACAUGUCUGAAGAAGCCAAACCCAGAAUGUGACUUUAUCACCGACUGUCCUGAUGAAUCUGAUGAGAAAUACUGCGACUGUGGACUGCGGCCAUUCAGCAGUCGUGUGGUGGGUGGGGCCGAUGCAGUGGAGGGGGAGUGGCCAUGGCAAGCCAGCCUGCAGCUCAGUGGGCGUCACAUAUGUGGAGGGGCGUUAGUCUCCACCCAGUGGGUGGUGUCUGCAGCUCACUGCUUCUAUGAUGACAGACUGUUCUCCCCAUCCGUUUGGACGGUGUAUCUGGGUAAACUGCAUCUCCAGGGCAACAGUCAGUCAGAAGAGGCGGUUCGUGUGUCACACAUUCACCUGCAUCAUUACUAUGACGAUGAGACGCAUGAUUAUGACGUGGCGCUGCUGCGACUGGUGCGGCCCGUGUGGGUGGGAACGUUAGCGCAUCCGGUCUGUCUGCCACCCCCAACACACCAGCUGGAGCCUGACCUGCUGUGCUGGGUGACGGGCUGGGGAGCGCUGAGAGAGGGAGGAGCGGUAAGUGAUGUUCUACAGAAAGUAGAUGUGCGAUUGGUCAGUGAAGAUGCUUGUGUCCGUUCCUAUGGUUACACGAUCACUCCCAGAAUGAUUUGCGCUGGUUAUCGUAGUGGAGGCAAGGACGCCUGUCAGGGUGAUUCUGGAGGUCCGUUGGUGUGCCAGGAGCCGUCGGGACGCUGGUUUCUCGCAGGUGUGGUGAGUUGGGGCCGAGGCUGCGGACGGCCCGAUUAUUAUGGAGUUUACACACGGAUCACCAAACUCACGAGCUGGAUCAAACCCCUCAUCUCCUCCUGAGGAACAUCAGUUCAGUAGAGGUUCAGAAUGGAAGGUUGGUUUGGAAAACCUCCAGGAUGAGAGUUUUGUUAAUGCUGUGUCCGUCUGCUCAAAGACUCAUGGAGAUGUAGUUGUGUGUUUGUGUAGUAUAUCAGUGUAAAUGUCAGUCAUGUUCUGUGCGUGUUGAAAUGCAGUCGGUCUAUUUCCACACUCUAUUCAACUUUUGUAGCAAUAAUACUCAAUUAGGCAACCUGCUCCAUGUGAAAUAAAACAGCUUUUAUUAGGAUACUGAUGUGAAUGGAGUCUUCAUCUCAUAUAAAUAUGUCUUUUUAUAUGGAAGUAGUAUUCAUUCCUUCAAGUGUAAAACUUCCUCUUCAGGAUGAUGUGAACUGAUAAAUAAAAACCACUGCUGUGUGAUGUUCA